AUGCUGCCCACUGGUCAUUCCGCUCACCGUCGUUCUCGUGGCCCUACGGUAGCAGACACGCAGUGUGCUGCAUUUGUGUUCACGGAAGUUGUUACAUUGCAGACGUGUCCGGAUGGCAAUGGUAUCUGCUGCUGUGUACCAGGCGCAAAGCCGACGACAGCGCCACCGCCACCACCGCCGCCGCCUUAUCCACCGUAUCAACCGCCAUCAUCUUCUUCGGUUCCGAGCAGAAGCACGUCACUGCUCGCGAGCAUCACGUUGCUACUACUCGUUUUUGUGAACGCUUUGUAA